AAAGAAGGGCGCGUUCAUACUUAUCUCAAUUAAACAGUGAAUUCAAUAAGUAGUACAGUUCACAGAACACAUUGAAUUUCAACAGGGUAAGCAAACGCAAUGAAAUCUUCACUUCACCUUCAAGUUUUCUUGAAUUUCGAGCCUUAGACGCAUAGCAUAUACCAAAUCCCACACGCCACUGCAUAAAGGACCCACAUAUUUACAUGGUAUCCCUGUCUUUCCCUUCAUUUUCUCGUGAACUCAGUAAAGUUUGUUAUCUUUUUAUAUUCGUUCAGUUCUGGUAACUCUAUAUUGUUGAAAUCAAGAAACCCCACUUGUGAAUUUGAACUAAAAAUUGUUUUUUUAGUUGUGGGGUUUUCAAGAAAUGGAGUUAGGGCUGGUCACCCUUUUGAGAGCUGCAUGGGUUGCUGCAAUUUUGCCUGCUGUUAUUGCUUUGAUUCCUUCAUCAAAGCUUAGUUUUUUUCAACAGUUUGUGUUAGGAUUUGCUAAACGUGGCAAGAUUAUGCAGUCUUCAUCAAAUAAACUCUCUGUUCCGCAGAAACUCUUCAUUCACUUCUAUAUUCUAGCUUUUGUUUGGACAACACUUCUGAUAGCUGCUACCUGGAUUUAUGCUUAUUGUACAACGCCAAAGAUCUCGGAACCAAUGCUUUUUUCUAGUAUUGCUAGCCACUUGACUGGAGGAUCGCGUAUCUUCUCUUUACAAAGAUCUCAUAUAUCAAAAGAACACAGAAGCAGGAUUGCUGUAUCGAUCUUUCUGCUUUUAUUAAUGGAAGCUCAAGUACUGCGACGCCUGUUUGAGUCAAUAUACGUAUUUAAAUAUAGUCCUUCAGCCAGGAUGCACAUUUUAGGCUAUCUCACAGGUUUAUUCUUCUAUACAGCAGUUCCCCUCUCUCUUUGCUGCAAUCAUGCUACAGAGGUAUACAAGUUCGGGUUGAGUUUGAUUCAAGAGUUUAUUGUUAAAGGAAAAGAUAGGAUGCUAGUAACUGAGGUUGAUUGGCUGAGAUUUUUGAACCCUCUCAUGCAACUACGAUGGUACACAUGGAUUGGUGCAGCUAUAUUUUGUUGGGGUUGGAUUCAUCAACGCCGUUGUCAUGCAAUUCUUGGUUCAUUGAGGGAGAACAGAGAACACAACGAUGAUUAUUUAGUCCCUCAUGGUGAUUGGUUUCAAUAUGUUUCAUCUCCACACUAUUUGGCUGAAAUUGUUAUAUAUGCUGGCUUCGUGGUUGCUAGUGGAUGUUCGGACCUCACGAUAUGGCUACUCUGGGGAUUUACGGUGGCAAAUCUUUCCUUAGCAGCAGCAGAAACACAUAGAUGGUAUCUGCAUAAGUUUGACAACUAUCCUAGGAAUCGUUUUGCUAUUUUCCCAUUUGUUUACUAAUUAGUGCUUAAUGUCCAAGUUCUGCUAUAUUAUUUCUUUGUGCGGAAUUGUCUGUAUAUAUAGGUUCUGUAAGCUAGAUGUGAGUUGUUUCUUGGGUGCCAUGGAUAUAACUCUAUGGAUCUGAAUAUCGCCAGCUGUUUUACUGAGCACUUCUGGUCCUUA